AUGGGCAAUUGUUAAUGUAGAAAAUACUUUGAUUCAGACUUAGGGUCCUACAAUAAUAAUAAUCUUUAAGAGAUAAUCAUAAAUGAUGAAUUUAAUAAUAAUAGGAAUGAAGAUUGUGUAAAAGAAUUGUUCAUUAAAAUAAAAACAUGGCAACAAGAAUCUUUCUCUUUAUUUGAUUAUGAGAAUUAGAGUCAUUUAAAGGAAUAAAAUAUUGAGGUAUGUGGAUUCAUAAUAAUAAGAUAAGAUAAGGAGGCUAUUUAAUAAAAAAUAAUAACGAAGUACAAUGGAUUGAUGAUGACGUUGAUUGGAAUAAAUGUGUAAUCAAAUAACAUCAAAUACUAUUCAGAAUUGAAAAAAUAAAUGGAAUAUUUACAAUAAUAAAUAAAAGGGGAGAAUGCAAAUAACAUUUAGAAGAUGAUAAACAAGAAUUAACAACAAAAUAUAUUGGAGAAGGAAAUAGAGAUUUUUAAUAAUCUGAAAAUUUGGAUUAAUUAGAAGGUGAAGAAUUUCAAUAGUCUUAAGAAUUAAUAAAAAAAAUAGAUUAACAUAAUUACAGAUUAAAUCAAAGCUAAAGAACUAAUACUAAAUUAUCAGAGAAAGGAAGUAGAUUAUGGUUAGUAGUUAGAUCUAUCUAAUCUAUGUUUAUUAAUAGCGGAAUAAAAUUAAAAUAAGGUGAUGUGAUUAAAUUGGGAAGAGUUAAAUUUAAAAUUAGGGAAAUUCAGUUAAAUAAAAGGAAGUUAUUGUAUAUUAUUAAUUUAUUUAAUAAUCUAGAUGUGAAUUAGAUUCAUCUAGAUCUAGCUAAUCUGAUACUAUAUCAUGUAGAAUAUGUUGUAGUAGUUAAGAUAGUGUAUAGAAUCCUUUAAUAAAUCCAUGUAAAUGUACAGGAUCCAUUAAAUAUAUUCAUCUUAAUUGUUUAAAAAAAUGGUUAAAAUUAAAAUUUUAAACUAAACAUAGUAAUCAUUGUAUGAUUUACAUGUGGAAAAAUUUAGAAUGUGAAAUAUGUAAAUUUAAUUAUCCUCCAAUAUUUAAAAGUGAUGAACAUAUUGUUGAUUUGAUUGAAUUAAGUAAACCUACAGAUUAACCUUAUGUGUUAAUGGAAAUUAUUUAAAAACGAUAAGUAAUUAUUAUUAUAGAAAUCUUUAAGGAUUUAAGAGUUGAUAAAAUAAAUUAAGAUUCUUCUUGGUCUUAAUGUAAUGGAGUCUAUAUAGUUACAUUUGAUAAUAAUAGUGAUGAUAAAGUAGCUAAAAUUAAUGAAUUAUAAAUUGGAAGAGCUAAUGAAACUGAAAUUAGAAUUAAUGAUAUUUCUGUAAGUAGAAAUCAUGGAACUCUUAAAUUAAAUGAUGGAAAUGUUUAUUUAACUGAUAAUAGAUCAAAAUUUGGAUCUUUGAUGUUAAUUUAAUAAAAAGUGAUACCAUUAAUAAAUGAAUUGAAUGGAAUUGAAAUCUAAGUUGGUAGAAGUGUAUUGUAAUUUAAUCUUGGAAAACAUGAAUUAAAAGCACAACCUUCUAAAUAAUAUUUAAAUUCUGAUAUAUUUGAGUAAUAAAUUUGAUUCUAAUAGAAGCAAAAUUAUAGGAAGAGACUUAGAAGAUGAAGAUCUACUUUAUUAUUAAUGA